UAUUUUUGAGUUUUGAUUGGUCAAUAUCAAAUUGUAAAAUGUAUCGAGUAUUUUCAUUGGUUUAUUGUUAUAAAGCCGGCAAGAUGGCAGCCUCCACAACAUCCAGCACAAAACAAAAACUUUUAUCAUUGAUCGAAGAUGUUGAGAUUGUCUCGAGAGAACUGUUUGAGAUUAUGAGUACGCCAAAAAGUCAACAACGGCAAGGAGCUCCAGAACCGUCUGAAUUAAUACAACUUCUGGUUGAUAAAGACAAAGAAAUCAAAGAUUGCUUAAAAACAGCUGGUAAACAGGGUGAAGUACAGAAGACUAUAGAUGAAUUAAAACAUGAGGUAGACAAGAGAGACUUAGAUAUCAAAAUACUUCAGAAAAAUCUCAAAGAGGCAGAAAAUGUUCUGUCCACGGCGAUAUUCCAAGCAAAGCAGAAGUUGGACUCUAUAAGCCAGGCUAAUGAGAAAAGAAUCUCUUCUGAGGAGCUGAUUAAAUUUGCUCACAGGAUCAGUGCUAGUAAUGCUGUGGAAGCUCCGCCCACUUGGCAACCAGGUGACCCCCGACGUCCCUACCCUACAGACUAUGAAAUGAGAAGUGGUUGGUUGGCAAAGAUGAGUGACAUACCUGCAAACACACCAGCAAUACAAGCCCAGGGCUCUUAUGGUGAACCUAUGGCCUCCAACAGGAAUCCUUUACCUGGAGAAAUGAUAGUACCUGCUCCACCAGCCCAGCAGCAGACAGUCACGUGGCAGACACCUUCCGACAUGUCUUCAUCGUCAAUGUCGUCUCAUCCGCAUACCGGCCUCGUCGACUUUAAAUCUCAUAAUAAAGAGAAUGAGGAAGUAGAACUGAUGUCAAGUGACUCUUCUAGUAGUUCUAGUAGUGAUGAAUGAUUGUAAAUGAUGUCCGGCAUAAUGCCACGGUGUAAUUCUAUAAAUGAUGUUCGGCAUAAUGCCACAGAGUAAUUAUAUAAUAUGAUGUUUGGCAUAAUGCUACGAUCAAUUGUGUAGUGACCUUUACAACCUUUUGUCUAUGUUGGGCUGGUCCAGUUAGAUAGAAGGGGAGAGUCUGUGUGAUAAAGACACCCUUUGGGAGUAGAAUUGAGCCGACCAUUCUAUUCUCAUAAGUUCUGAAGAGUAUGUACUUUGACAGAAGUUGUGCCAACAAGAUUAAAGAUGAAAUGGUUUUGAAAUCAUAAUCAAUUACUGUUCUUACCAGAUUUCAUACACAGGGACCAAUUAUACAAAAAUGAAUGACAGUUUGGUAAAUCAGAUAACUAAUGGACUCACUGGUUUGAGAAGAAUAACUUAUGCUAGCCAAAUUACAAAUGUUUACAAAAUUACAAAUGUUUACAAAUUUUGUAAAAAAAAAAUAAAAAAAUGCAAAUCACUUUCAGAUAAGCUUAUUGGGACACACUGUCAGCAUCUUCUUGUAUGGAUGAUAGGUUUGUUGGUAUCUGAUAUUUUAUGAAGGUUUGAUAGCUAAAAGAAAGGGAAAAAAUUAGAAAAUCAUUAUCCUGUGUAAUAUACAUGUUUAUCACACACCCGUGCCGAUUUUGCGACUCUGUUAAUAUGAUAUUGCACGGCCGUGCAUAUAUUUUGACGUGACGUCAUUAGCGUU